GUCACGAUAUAAACGGCCCGCCGGGGCUUUUGCGGCCUUGGCGAUACGCGAGACGAGGUCGAAAACAAAUAUGGCUAAUGAAAUGGGAACAGCUGCAGCUCUUCCUGAUAACCAAGAUACAGAAAUAUCUGGUCCAAGUUCCUCAAAGCACUCAAGGAAAAAAGCUUCAAAUUCAGCAACAGAUGCCGGCCAGUCGUCUUCUGUGGCUAUGCAGAGCGGUCCUUCCUCAGCUUGUCUGGAGGCCAAGACUCAGAGGAAGUUACCCAAGCCUAAAAUUGAUCUUCGAGCCCUCUUCGAUUACCAUUUCACGCGAAAGCAGCACCGGUUCCGCAAAAGGUGGAACCCUAGGGAGACAAAACCAAGCACAUCUCGCCGGUCUGCCAGAAAAUGGCCGGGAAGACGGAGGAUUCCAGAAGAUGAGCAAAGGAAGAGAAUGAAAGAGAGAGGAAUGGUAUUUCCCUUCGUGGAGAGAUACUACGGCAGGAAGCAUCUCCCUUUAAAAAUGGUGCGACAAUAUGAGCAUGCAGCUUUGAAGGGAUUAUUCAAAUACAUUGAAAUGUUGAAAUAUGAACAUCAUUUGAAGAAGUCCUUGACACAGUUGAAUGCUGUGGGCGAUCUUGAAAAUGAAUGUCUGGAAUCACGGAGGCACAAAUACCUGGAUGAUGAUGGACCCAUUUCUCCCAUUGCAGAGACCAGCAACGAGGACUCUAGUAAUGAAGACAUGGGUGCCAAAAUAGUGGACAACAGGUGUUUCAUCUUGAGCUGCAAAAUUCCCAAGAAAAAGAAGAAAUUGUACCAGAGGAGAAAAUGAGUGACAAUUUUGUUAGAAUUCAAGACAUUUAAAUGGAAUGCCUAGACGACAGGGCAAAUAAAAUUUUAACGUUCUGAAGAUCGAAGCUACCUUAAAUAAAGUCUUAAAAACAAGCAAAAUACAAGUCAGCACAACUCCACAACAGCCACCCACUAUCUACCGCCCAACACAACAUCCUGCAGAAAGGCCUAAACUAUAAUCCAGGAGAAUGCCAGUCAACUAGAAUUCUUUGCCAGCCUUAGAAGGAGCAUUUAAAAUCACAGGAUUCCCCAGAGACCCAAGAUAGCAUCAGAAAGAAGACAAGAACAAAACCAGCUCAGAGCAGAAGAGAGCAGCCCUCAAAAACCAAAAGAAGCACCAAAUUAUCGUUAUCCUUCCAGCAGAUAAAGGUUAAUAAAAGUUAUUUUGCUUUUUGUAUGUAUUCUGAUGUAUCCAUGAUAAGGGUUAUCAUAGAUACA